AUGUUGGAUCACGGACGGGAACAGGGAGAGUCCGGCCCUGUUCCUCCUUUAAACAACAGCACGACCACCGUCGGCGAUAGCCCUCUGCCAGACGACACUUCCACCGACGGAUACUGGGGGGACACGUAUGCGGACGGUCCGGUAAGUGAGAGUGCUGCGCGGCAAGACUUUCAACACCUCCGGCGAGAGUUGAGCCGGAGAAGCACCGGCGCGUCUCCUGCCCACAGAACCAGAUCGAGAACCAGUUUUAUCGGGAGAGUCUUUUCUUCCGGCCAGGCCGGCCAGGCCGGCCCGGAUGCGGAAAAGCAAGACGCCUACCCCGACAGCGAAGAGGCAGCAGCAGCCCCCACAGACUUUGAGCUCGAGCAGUUUAUCCGCCAAGGCCACCUGGAGAAGCGCAAUCCAAAUGGAGCAUCAACCAAGAAAGUCGGCGUCUUGUUCAAGAACCUUACCGUCAAGGGAGUCGGUGUCAAUGCGGUUUCCGUGCGCACCCUGCCGCAGGCCAUCGCUGGCACGUUCGGUCCAGACCUGUACAACCAUCUCUGCCAUUGGUUUCCCGCCCUCGACUUUCGAAGCCGCGGGAAACCGAGAGAAUUAAUACGCGACUUCACGGGCGUCGUUCGUCCGGGAGAGAUGAUGCUCGUGCUGGGACGACCCGGCUCUGGCUGCAGCACGUUCCUCAGAGUCAUCGCCAACAACCGAGCGGGCUACGAGUCUGUGCAGGGAGACGUCAUCUACGGCGGGAUUCCGUCAUCUAAAAUGGACAAGCGAUUCCGCGGGGAAGCAACCUACAACGCCGAGGACGACCAGCACAUGCCCAGUCUUACCGUCGGCCAGACGUUGAAAUUCGCCCUCCUGACCAAGACGAAGAAGCAGGAGCGCGGCAACAUCCCCCUCAUUGUCGACUCGUUUCUCAAAAUGUUCGCCAUGUCUCACACAAAGGACACGCUUGUGGGGAACGCCUUCAUCCGCGGGGUGUCGGGCGGCGAGCGCAAACGCGUCAGCAUCGCUGAAACGCUCACCACGAAGAGCAGCGUCACCUGCUGGGACAACUCGACGAGGGGACUGGACGCCUCCACGGCAUUCAACUAUGCCAAGUCGCUGCGCAUCAUGACCGACGUCUCGCAUCGCACCACCCUGACGACGCUGUAUCAAGCCGGGGAGGGCAUCUACAACCUGAUGGACAGGGUCCUCGUCAUCGACCAAGGCCGCAUGUUGUACCAAGGCCCAGCCAGUGAGGCGAAGCAGUACUUUGUCGACCUGGGGUUCGACUGCCCUCCCCGACAGACGACCGCGGACUUUCUGACAUCCCUGUGCGACGUGAAUGCUCGGCAGUUCAGGCCAGGAUUUGAGCAUUGCUGCCCCAAAACCGCCGAGGAGCUGGAAAGGGCUUUCCGUGGGAGCCGAGCCUACAAAGCACUCCUGGACGACGUCGACGGCUUCGAAAAGUACAUUGACGACACUGGCCGCUCUGAUGCCCGAACCUUCAUCGACUCUGUCCGCCAAGCCAAGUCGCGCACGGUGAUGAAGCAGUCCGUGUACACUGUCAGUCUCUGGAAGCAGGUCCUGGCCUGCACGCGUCGUGAAUUCUGGUUCCUCUGGGGCGACAAAGCUUCGUUGUAUACCAAGUUCUUCGUCAUCAUCUCCAACGGACUCAUCGUCUCUUCAUUGUUCUACAACACACCCGGUGACACGAGCGGUGCUUUUCUCCGCGACGGUGCUGGUUUUUUCUCCAUCGUGUUCCUGGGCUGGCUGCAGCUUUCCGAGUUGAUGAAGGCUGUGUCUGGUCGAGCAGUCAUCAAUCGCCACAGGGAGUAUGCGUUCUACCGACCCAGCGCAGUGAGCUUGGCUCGCGUCCUGGUUGAUUUACCCUUGCUGGCUGUGCAAGUCGUCGUCUUUGGCCUGAUCAUGUACUUUAUGACGGGGCUUGAUCGGUCGGCGUCGAAAUUCUUCAUCUACCUGCUAUUUGUGUACACCAACACCUUUUGCGUGACCGCGCUUUACCGCGCGUUUGCAGCUGUUUCCCCCACCAUGGACGACGCAGUGCGAUUUGCGGGAAUUACGCUCAACUUGUUGGCCGUGUUUGCCGGGUACGUCAUUGCGAAACCCGUUUUACUGCACCAAAAGAUUUGGUUUGGGUGGAUUUUCUAUGUCAACCCCAUCAGCUACGCCUUCGAAGCGAUUCUCAGCAACGAGUUUGGCGGCAGGAUCAUGGACUGCGCGCAGUCCCAGCUGGUUCCGCAAGGCCCGGGAAUCAGCCGUGAGAACCAAGGCUGCGCCAUUGCCGGCUCAUCGCCGGGGAGCCCGCAGGUUGCAGGAUCGGCGUACCUGUCUUCGCAGUACGAGUACAGCCGGUCGCAUCUCUGGCGUAAUUUCGGCAUUCUGAUCGCCUUCACAGCGGGGUACAUUGCCUUUACCGUGCUUGCUACCGAGAAAAUCUCCUUUACCGGCAGCGGCGUGGGAGCUGUGGCGUUCAAGUCCAGCAAGAAGCCGAGGCAAGCUGCCAAGAUGCGGAACAGGGCGGAUGAAGAGCAUACUCCUCCAUCCGAAGACGAGACGGUCGGGCAUGUCCAACGGCAGACAACACCAGACCGAGCGUUGGAGGAGGAGGAGGAGGAGGAGGGUAGUCGAAGCGAGCAAAUCUUUACUUGGGAGGGCAUCGGCUACACCGUGCCCACGGCGGCUGGUCCGAAGAGGCUUCUCAAUGACAUCAACGGGUACGCUAAGCCCGGUGAACUGGUCGCUCUGAUGGGUGCUAGCGGUGCCGGCAAGACGACGCUGCUGAACACGCUGUCGCAGCGCCAGACAGUGGGCGUUGUCCAAGGCACCAUGCUCGUGGACGGCCGAAGCCUCGAGGCCGAUUUCCAGCGCCGAACCGGGUUCGUCGAGCAGAUGGAUCUCCACGAAGGAUCUGCCACGGUCCGCGAGGAGCUCGAGUUCUCCGCGCUCCUCCGCCAGAGCCGCGACGUCCCCCGCCAGGAGAAGCUCGACUACGUCGAGACGGUCAUGGAACUCCUGGACCUCGGCGACAUUCAAGACGCCAUGGUGGAAUCUCUCGGGGUCGAGCCCAGGAAGCGGCUCACCAUCGGCGUAGAGCUGGCUGCCAAGCCCUCGCUCCUGCUUUUCCUCGACGAACCCACCAGCGGGCUGGACUCGCAAGCGGCCCUCUCCAUCAUCCUCUUCCUCCGCAAACUAUGUUCUUCCGGCCAAGCCAUCGUGUGCACCAUCCACCAGCCGUCGUCGGAGCUCAUCGAGCAUUUUGACAAGAUCCUUGCGCUCAACCCCGGCGGCAACACCUUCUACUCGGGUCCCGUGGGGCGCAACGGCCAGGCAGUAGUGGACUACUUUGCGGCCCGCGGCUCCCGCUGUCCCGAGGGGAAGAACGUUGCCGAGUUCCUCAUCGAGACCGGCGCCAGGGUUUCUGAUCGCGAGCACUGGAACGAGCAGUGGCGCCGAUCCGACGAGUACAAAGCCCUCCUGAGGGAAAUCGGGCAAAUUAAGCUUCAGAGGCGAAGCCGCCAGCAGGCGCCGCCGACCCAGACCCCCGAGGCCCCCACCACCAUGCACGAGUUUGCGGCGCCCGUGUCCGCGCAGGUCAGGCUGCUCACCACGCGGAUGCUGAUGAAGCAGUGGAGACAGCCGUCGUACAUGUACGGCAGGCUGUUCACGUCUGUCAUUGUCGGCAUCGUCAACGGGUUCACGUUUUGGCAGCUGGGCGACACGGUCAACGACAUGCAGAGCCGCGUGUUUACGUCGUUUGUGGCGAUGCUAAUCCCGGGGACGGUGCUCAACGCCGUGCUGCCGAAAUUCUACGCCGACCGCGCGCUGUGGGAAGCCCGGGAGCACCCAAGCCGCAUCUACGGAUGGGUCGCCUUUUGCACGUCGUCCCUCCUGUCCGAGAUUCCGGGGUCGCUGGUCGCCGGUCUCGUGUACUGGGCGUUGUGGUACUGGCCCACCGGGCUGCCGACCGAUUCCGCGACGUCUGGAUACGUGCUGCUCAUGACGCUGCUGUUCUUUGUGUUCCAGUCGAGCUGGGGCCAAUGGAUCUGCGCGUGGGCCCCGAGCUUCACCGUCAUCAGCAACGUCGUUCCCUUUUUCCUCGUCACGUUUGGGCUGUUCAACGGCGUGGUUGUUCCUUACGAGCAGCUGAAUGUGUUUUGGAGAUACUGGCUGUACUACGUGAACCCCAGCACGUACUGGAUCGGCGGCGUGCUCGCCGCCACGCUCGAGAACCAGCCCGUCAGGUGCGCGCCCAACGAAGCCGCGUACUUUGACCCGCCGGCCGGCCAGACCUGCGGCGACUUUGCCGCCGAGUUUGUCCGAAACGCCGGCCGGGGCUACCUCGACAACCCGGGGGACCGCCGCAAUUGCAGCUACUGCCCCUACUCGAGCGGCGCCGAGUUCCUCGCUUCGCUGAGCAUCGAGCCGAGCCACAAGUGGAGGGACCUGGCCAUUUUCGCCGCCUUUUGCGUCUCCAACUGGAUGCUGGUCUAUUUUUUCAUUUACACGGUUCGCGUGCGCCGAUGGUCGUUUGGCUUUGGGCGUCUGGGCAGGGUUUUGUAG